GUGUUCCAUACAUUAUCUUCGGCCUAAGGUGACAAUGUGUGCCGAUGUUUUUAAAUGCACACUUGUAAACCAUGGGGGUAACAGUAGAUUUUCAGAAUGACGGAUGCGCUAUACUAACGAUGAGAAAUGGACAGAAUCGAUGGAAUUUAACGACAUUGAAACAAUUUAACGACGCCUUGGACGAAGUGGAAAAAAACGAGUCUGCUCGUAUUUUGGUGACCACGGGGGAAGGUAAAUUCUACAGUAAUGGAAUUGAUGUGGACUGGAGAAAGAUACAACGGCAAGAGAUCAUUGCAAAGUUCAACAUCGUCCUGUGGGACACCAUGUGGAGGGUCAUGCACUUUCCGCUUCCCACAGUGGCCGCCAUUAACGGGCACUGUUUUGCUGGCGGAGCUUUCCUUGCAAUGUGUCAUGAUUACCGGGUGAUGCGAUCUGAUCGCGGAUGGAUAUCUUGGAAUGAAAUGUUGAUUAGCAUUCGUAUCCGAGGGCCAUCCUAUGAAAUUUUACAACGGAAAUUAAGUAGAGAGGCCUUACGAGAGUCUGUCAUUUUUGCCAAAAGAAUAACAGGCCCGGAAGCUGUAAAGCUGAAGAUCGUAGAUAAGAUUGAAUUGGAGACGAACUUAAUAUCCAGAAGUAAACAGAUAGGAUUUGAAGCUCUCGGAAAAAAUGUGAUCAAAAGAGAUGAUUUACAAAUCAUGAAGAAAGACAUGAUACCACGGAAAUUUGAUGUAUCCAAACUUUGAAGAAUUAAACAUGUCGUAAAUUCGUAA